AUGUACUCGUACACCGUCCCCCUAACCCUCUUCCUCCUUCCCCACGCCAUCCACACUCUCCUCCACAUCCCCAUCUCCCUCCGCUCCACCACCACCCCCCUCCCUCUCUCCCCCCGCCUCCCCCGCCCCCUCACCCACUCCACAUACCCCACCUUCUUCAUCUUCUCCUCCGCCAUCCUCAUGCACGCCUGGAUGUACACCCCCUCCCUCCUCCCCCGCUCCUACGCCUCCUGGAUUUCCUCCGCCGCCCACCUUCACCCCUCCAUCCUCUCCGUCCUCCGCUCCGCCCGCAUGGGCCGCUGGCUCUACGCCUCCGACCUCCCCCUCCCCGACUCCUCCGUCCUCUCCCCGCUCGCCUCCCGCCUCGCUCUCCCCCCAACCUGGGCCGACCCCGCCAACCUCGACCGCUCCCCCACCGACCCCCGCGGCUUCGGCACCACCAACGGCGGCGCGCAUGGGGUGCGGCGGUUCAUCGCCGGGUGGAGCUUCGCGAUGCGGAUGUAUUUCCCGCUACAACUCGUAAUGGGUUCGCGGCGAUUAUAUCAAUCCCGCGCUCUGUUGCUGAAACGGAGGGCGCUGCGGCAGAAGGUGCGGGUGGUUCUGGGCAUGGUGGUGAGAGCGGCGAUGGGGGCGGCGAGAAGUAGUGUGUUUCUUGGGGCGUUCAUCGCGGGGUUUUAUUAUACGGUGUGUCUUGCGCGGACGCGAGUGGGGCCGCGGGUGUUUUCUAAACACGGGGAUAUCGUGUCGCCGCAGAUGUGGGAUGCGGGGAUGGCGAUCACGGCGGGGUGUUUGGCGUGCGGGUGGAGUAUUUGGUUGGAGCGGAAGGAGCGGAGGGGGGAGUUGGCGUUGUGGGUGUGGCCGCGGGCGGGCGUGUGUCUGACCGGGAGGGUGUAUGAGAAAAAGGACCAAUGGCGCGAACGCCUCGCCUUCGUGAGCAGCGCUGCCAUCGUGCUGGCCGCGGCGCAGGAGCCAGAGAACCUGCUGAAAGGCGUGUUUGGAAAGUUGCUCCGUGGAAUCUACGCAUAG